AAAAAGAAGCGCGCGUUGUGUUGGCUCGGAUGCUGUUUCCACCUUCGCUUCGUUAAACAAGCUUGUGGCUGAAGGCCGGUGGCGCCGAAUGAGCAACGGGCUGCUGUUAUGGCAUUUGCUUGAUGGAGGAUGAUUGUGUCCUCCUUAGGGAUUUGUCUUCCAAAGCAUUAUAUAGCCUUUGUCAUGAAUGAAGUUGGAAACAGAAGGAGGCUAGACGUGGUAACACAAUCCCAGAUCCCUGCAGGAGAGUUGUGGCUUAUGAUGACUCCAAGGGAAAAAACGAUAGAUGAUAUGAGACUAGCAGCUGGCAGAACCCAAUAAGAAAAGAAACGUUCCUAUAAGGAUCUGCUUCCAGAAAAGGAGGAGACAACUGCUCAGGAGGAAUACAGAACAUAGACGGAAGACUUUUAUCCUUUUGAACUUUCCAUGCCUUUGGAGUCAUCAUCAAAGAAUAGGGGUGAAAAAAUCACUCUCCGCUAACACUGCCAUGGAUUUGCUUAAAGCCAUCAACACUCCUUUAACUACCGGCUCCAAAUCAUCUAAAAGGACUUUGGAAAAAUCAUCUCAUUCUUCAUUCAGUGCUCCCAGUUAUUCAGAGGGCAAGAAAGAACAUCACAAGAAGAAGCUGAGUGGAAGCAACGAUCCACCCUUGGAUGAUGGUACUUUCCACAAGUCUAAAAAAAUAAAACCACCAUAUGUAAACUCUGAAAUGUUGACCUUACGUGAGCCUGAUGGCUUAAAAAUGAAGCUAAUCCUCUCACCAAAAGAAAAGGGGGGUACCAUAACAGAAGAUCCCUUUUCACAUUCUGGAGCUACAAAAAAGACCUCUAAGAAGUCUAUUCGGGAUGAACAAAACUUGCAACACUCAAGCCACGAUACACACAGCUUCUUGAAAUCUCGUAAGAAGCACAAGCCACCUACAGAUCCCCAUCCUCUUUCUCCUGCUGAGGGCUUCAGCCCAGACACAUCCCUCUUCCCUGAAGGCCAAAGCAGUGAUUUUGAGCUUUCAAACUUGGAGCCACAAAUGGAAUCUGGAUCUUCAUCUGGAGGUGAGUUGGAAGCUGGAGAACUAGUCAUUGAUGAUUCAUAUCGGGAGAUAAAAAAGAAAAAGAAAUCAAAGAAGAGUAAAAAGAAGAAAGACAAGGAGAAACACAAGGAGAAAAAACACUCUAAAUUGAAGAAGAGUUCUGGACUCUCUUCAUCACCAGCAGCAGUGGAAAUAACACCACAACUGCCUGUUUCUCCAACUAGCAUCCAGUUUGCUCUACCUGCCCCUCCUCCUUCUCCCUCACCACUACCACCUGUUUUCUGUACAGAUAGCCUGAAUGAGAAAAAGAAGAAGAAAGAAGAAAAAGAGAAGAUUGAAAAAAUAGAAAAAGAAAAGCCAAAGAAGAAAAAUAUGUCUGCCUACCAAGUAUUCUGUAAGGAAUAUCGUGUGAACAUUGUGGCUGAGCAUCCAGGAAUAGAUUUUGGUGAGCUGAGCAAAAAGCUAGCAGAGGUUUGGAAACAGCUUCCAGAGAAAGAUAAGCUGGUUUGGAAGCAGAAGGCUCAGUAUUUGCAACAUAAGCAGAAUAAAGCAGAAGCAACAACAGUGAAGAGGAAAGCAAUGUCAUCAGAAGGUUCCCCAAAAUUGAAAGCUUCCCUAACAACCGUGCCUUCACCCCAUAAAAAGUCCCCAACUAGCACGAUGGUAUUAUCCUCUUCACCAGUGAAGGUUCCUGAGACAGAUCCCAUUGAUGUAGCUGCACAUCUGCAGUUACUGGGAGAGUCUCUGAGUCUUAUUGGCCACAGGCUGCAGGAGACUGAAGGAAUGGUAGCCGUAUCAGGAAGUUUAUCAGUACUCCUGGAUUCAAUUAUUUGUGCUCUGGGCCCUUUGACUUGUCUAACAUCUCAGUUACCUGAGCUAAAUGGCUGCCCCAAACAUGUUUUGUCAAACACAUUGGAUAAUAUUGCCUACAUAAUGCCAGGUCUUUGACAAAAAAAAGCGACUGUGGAAAGUAAUCUACUGCCAUGCUACUGGUGUGUAUACAUAUAUAUUGCGUUCUUCAAGUCUCAACCUACAGAAUUUUAAAGAUUUUUGUCAAUACCUGUUUAACUUGAUUUUAUGAAAAAAAAGUCCAGAACUUAAAUUUGCAAAAGUUGGAAGAUGUUUUCUUAACUCUGUUUCUAUAUAACUAGAGUUUAGUAAUUUUUUUAUAUAUCAGCCUUAAUGUAAAAGGAAAAGAUACAUUGAAUUAUUUUAAUUAGAAAUGUAAAACAGAGCCCUGUGGUGCAGUAGUUAAAGUGCAGUGCUGCAGGCAAACUACUCUGUCCACAGCAUGGAGUUUGAUCCUGACAGGGCUCAAGGUUGACUCAUCCUUCCAUCCUCCGAAGGACGGUAAAAUGAGGGCCUAGACUAUUAGGGCAAUAUGCAAAUAAUGCUUCAACAUUGUAAGCCAUCCAGACAGUGCUAUAAAGAGCUAUGGGGUUGUAUAUAAGUCUAAAUGUUUUUGCUAUUGCUAUAAAAUAGUACUUCUCUAAUGGAAUGGAGAAAAAAUAAUGGACAUGUUCAAAUUAAUGAUGGGGUGGGUGGGAGAUUUUCUAUCCAUAAAGAACUGUUCUGACAUUAGGAAUUCUUGUUAAAUGUUGCAUUGUCAGCGC